UAUACUCUUAAAAUUCUCAUAACUCAAGAGUGAAAUAGAAAUCCAGAGAAAGAGAAAGAAAGUGAGAGUUCAGUUGGUGAAUUUUGUGGAGGCUUUGGCGAAGGAUCCGAUGCACACCAUCUCUGUUUCUCUUUCAUUCUAUGCUGUUAAAACCGUUUUCUCUUUUUCUUUCUCUCUCUCACCAAAAGCCUAGAGAUAUAGAAAAAAAAGAUGGCGAUUGAUAUGUUUGUAUUCUGUCAGUUUCAUGCAUAUAUGCAUGUGGAUUUCUUUAAUAACAACCAUCUUUUCUCUUCUUAGCUUCCCAUUUCCUCAAUUUUCUCCAUUUCUCGUCUUCUGUUCUAUUGCGGUUGAAGCUUCUUCAUGUACUCAGAAUUCAACAAGAUUUUCGUUCUAAGUAUGUCAAAUUCGGAGGUUUUUAGUGUUGAAUUCGACGCUUUGAAGAGACCCUCGAGGGAAUUUCACGACGAGAGUGAUGAUGAUCAUGAUCCUGAGCUUGGUCAAGCAUCAUUAACACGAGUUGUUGAAGCUGCUGCUGACGAGAAAGAAGAAAAUUUCAACGACACGUUCGUUCUCUCCAAAGAACCUGUAAAAUCUCCAGAAUUAGAAGGAGAGUUCAAAGCAACGGAUCAACACCACGACGAAAACGAUGACGGAUUCAAAACUCCAACAUCUUUGGAUCACAAAAUCCCCGUGAAAGCACAAUGCCCACCUGCACCCAAGAAGUCCAAUUCAUUUUCCUCCAGAAAAAGAAGACCAGUAUCGUCCAAUGUACGCCGAACCCUGCGGCUCGAUCUCUCACACGAGGUUGAAUCACUCUUCCCUAAGCCUAUCUUCGACGAUUUGCACCGCAAGAUCAAGAAAGUUCGAAAAGAAAAUUAAUCAUCUCAUUAUCUACACAAUUCGGUAAGCAAAAUUCUUGUAAAAUCAUGUCGUAUAAAUCCAUAAUAAUAAUUAUAAGAAUUC